AAAAUUAGUGAAAAUGGCUUCCGAAUUUUUCUCUAGAUUAUCACAAGACCUUUCUCAAUUGCUUGAUGAUUCAGACGAUUAUGACGUCAUAGUUAAAGUUGGAGAAAAUUCAAAUACGAAAGAAUUUCACGCUCGAUCUAAUAUUUUGAGAGCUCGAUCUCCUUAUUUUAAAAGGGCUUUUUUGCAGAAUAGGGUUACAAAGAAAGAUGGCGUUUAUAACUUUAUUAAACCAAAUAUUUCCCCUAUCGUAUUUGAGAUGAUUAUUAGAUAUAUGUAUACUGGUAUUCUUGAUUUGAGAGAGAAAGCUAGCGCAGAUAUUCUUGAACUUCUUGUAGCAUCUGACGAAUUACUCAUGGAAGAAUUAAUUACUUUUGUGCAAAAAUAUCUCAUUGAAAAUCAAUCCGAUUGGUUACAAAAUAAUUUCGUCAAAGUUCUUCACACUGUAUUUCAAUUUGAAAGUUGUAAAGAACUUCAAGAUUAUUGUUUAGAAUCUAUUUGUGAAGAUCCAGAACCUUUCUUUAAUUCACCAAAAUUUCCAACUUUAGAAAAAAAUAUUUUACUUGGAUUACUUAAACGAGAUGACUUAACAAUGGAUGAAAUUGAGUUGUGGAAUAAUCUCAUUAAAUGGGGAAUUGCUCAAAAUUCUGAAUUGAAUGGAAAGAAUCCAACUAACUUAAAUCGUUGGAAUAAUAAGGAUUUCUUAACUUUGAAAAAUACUUUAGACCCAUUUAUUUCUCAUAUCAGAUAUUUUAAUAUUUCAUCAAAAGAUUUUCAUAGUAAGGUUUGGCCUUUUAAAACAGUGCUACCUGAAGCACUUUUUGAAGAUAUUGUAUCAUUCUAUUUUGCUGAUAUUCAACCAAAAAACAAAUUACCUCCUCGUAAUGGAAAACUUCCCGUCGAUUCAAUAAUCAUUAAACCAAAACAUGCAGCUAUUCUUGCUAAUUGGACUCAAAGAAGCGACGCUAAUGCAAGAAUUCCAAAGAAUAAAUAUAAUUUCAACCUUAUAUAUCGUGGAAAUAGAGAUGGUUUAAAUAUUAACACCAUGCGUAAUAAAUGUAAUGGACAAGGGGCAACUAUUAUAGUUAUUAAAGUCAAAGAAAAUGGAACUAUAAUUGGUGGCUAUAACCCUAAUGGUUGGCCCUACCGUAACAAUGGCUAUUAUAAUUCUUAUUAUUGGAUUAAUACUAUGGAGAGUUUUAUUUUUUCUUUGGGUGAUGGUAAAGAUUCAAAGAAAGUUAAAAUUAGCCGAGUUACCAAUGGAAAUGCAAUAUACGAACAUUACAAUGCAAAUACUGCUUUAAAUUUUGGUAAUAGUGAUUUGAUUAUUAACGGAGCAAAUGGUACUUGCAAUAAAGGCAAUUAUGAAAGUAAUAUUAUGGAUAUAAAUAAUUUUUCAAUUGAAGAAAUGGAAAUCUUUAGAUUUUACAAUAAUUAAAGUUGUCGGAUUUGACCAUUGUCCUAAUAAUUUACUGAGAAAUAACCUUUUUGUACUUAUAAUUUUAUAAUUUCCAUUCAAGGAUUUAUGGAAUAUUCACAAGAACAAUUUCAUGAAAUUAUCGACAAAAAAUGAAAUCAAUAAACCUUUUAUAAAAUUUUCUAUUAAAAUGGAAAAUUUUGUUUUUGGAGUACCAUUUACUUAAAAUAACGCGUUAAGUAGCGAAUUUAAGUACUACUUCAGUAAUUUUAUACAGUUUCUAAGUACCGGAAUAAUCAGGAAUUUAUUAUAUUGAAUAU